AUGUUUUCAAUAAUAUUGUUUAUUUAUUUCAUAAUAAUCGCGAAUGCUGUAAAACCUAAUCCAAAUCCAUCUUAUCAAGACCGUCCUAUAUUCAAAAUCACAUCAAAAACUCAUGACAAAUCAAUAAUUAUUGAUUUCUUGCAAAAAGUUGCAAAUAAAAUUACGGUAUCACCAACAAAUUUAUCAAAAUUUCAAAUUUGGUCAACUUCCGUUAGUUCAUCAAAAAUAUCACCUACGGUUCAAGAGCAAGAAUGUAUUGAAAACACAAAUGUGAAAUAUUACAUAAGAUCCUUAAAAUUAACAAAUAGAUUUUAUGAAGCAAGUGAAUGUAGAAUUAAUUUGAAUCCAAAGAUGAAAAGUAUUUUACAACCUACGGAGAAUAUUCAUAAUAUGAUCUUAAGAGAUGAAAAUGUAAUAGAUACACAAUUGAAAUAUGUUUUAUUAGAUGAAUUCAAUAGGUAUGAACAAUUUAAGGAAUACAAAUUUAAUAAUUUUGACGUUCUCAAUUAUGACUUAAAUUGUUUAAUUGAUUUCCAACAAUUAAUGCAAAUCGAAUUCAAAGAAACAGUUAUUGAAGUAAAUCUUGAGCAAAGAGUUGAAGUUCAUGAUUCUUGUGGGUUUUUAGAUAUAAAUUCAAACUUUAUGGGCACUUCCAUUGAUUAUGUUUUUAAUUAUAUACCAUUAAAUGGUACUUUUUUCUGUAGAAAGGGUAAAAGUAUAUCUUGCAACAGAGCCAUAGCUGAAUCAAGUAAUCUGAGAUAUAAAUUACCAGACUUUUAA